AUGACCAAGCUCACUGUUCUAGCAGGUCUCUGCCUGGUGAUGUGCCAGCUGGCCACUGCCUCCCAGAUGGUGUGCUACUUCACCAACUGGUCCCAGUACAGACCUGGGACUGGGAAAUACACGCCCCAGAAUGUAGAUCCCUUCAUGUGCACCCAUCUGAUUUAUGCUUUCUCCAUCAUCAACAACAAGAACGAGUUGGUCACCUAUGAAUGGAACGACGAGACCCUGUACAAGACCUUCAAUGGCCUGAAGAGCAAAAACCCUGGUCUGAAAACAUUACUGGCUGUUGGUGGGUGGAACUUUGGCUCAGCUCAGUUCUCCAUCAUGGUGUCCAAUCCAGCCAACCGUCAGACAUUCAUCCAGUCUUCUAUCAAAUUCCUGAGGACUCAUGGAUUUGAUGGUCUGGAUCUGGACUGGGAGUACCCUGGAUCUCGUGGAAGUCCCCCAGAGGACAAGAAAAGAUUCAGUCUGCUCUGCAAGGAACUGGUUGCUGCCUUUGCAGCUGAGGCCAAGGCCACCGGUAAGCCUCAGCUCAUGCUGACUGCUGCAGUGUCGGCUGGGAAGGGAACCAUUGAUGCUGGAUAUGAGAUCGCUGAGAUUGCCAAGCACCUGGACUUCAUUAAUGUGAUGACCUAUGACUUCCAUGGAGCUUGGGAGCGAUCCACUGGACACAACAGCCCUCUGUACCGUGGCUCACAGGACAAGGGUGACCUCAUCUACUUCAACACCGACUAUGCCAUGAAGUACUGGAGAGACAAAGGCACCCCAGUGGAGAAGCUGAGGAUGGGAUUUGCUGCUUAUGGUCGCACCUUCCGUCUGACAUCAUCAAACACUAACAUUGGAGCCUCAGCUAGCGGUGCUGCAUCAGCUGGUCCAUUCACACGUGAAGCUGGAUUCUGGUCCUACUAUGAGGUCUGCAACUUCCUGAAGGGCACUACCAUUCAGUGGAUUGAUGACCAGAAAGUUCCCUAUGCCAGCAAGAACAAUGAGUGGGUGGGAUUUGACAGCAGGGAGAGCUAUGAGAUCAAGGUCCAGUACAUGAAGAACAUGAAGUAUGGCGGUGCCUUUGUGUGGGCACUGGAUCUGGAUGACUUUAAAGGAGAGUUCUGUGGACAGGGAAACUAUCCUCUGCUGUCCCAUCUGCGCAAACUCCUCGACAUUGAGACGCCUCCACUUCCAGCGACCACAACCAAGAAACCUAGUGUUACCACCACAAAACCAGUCGCUACCAAAACACCCAAACCUGUUGUUACCACUGCUGCACCAGCCUCCACCACCACGCCCAAACCCAGUGGCACCACCAAUGCUCCGUCCACCAGGACCACCAUCCCUAUUCCAGGACGUGGUUUCUGCAAAGACAAGCCCGACGGCACGUAUGCCCACCCAGAUGACAAGACCAGCUUCUACGUGUGCGCAGGUGGCCGAACCUACCUGAGGAAGUGUGGAAACGGUACUAUCUUCGAGGAAAGCUGCAAGUGCUGUGUGUGGCCCUAA